UUCUUCUUCCUUUCUUCUUUUCUUCUUCUAACUCAGGAUGCCAAUGAGUUAAAUCCCUGGCCCUGCUGUUCAUUUCAAAGCUGUGUUUUCUCACUUGGGAUUCUCCAGCCCACCCUCAUUACUGUGCCUUCACUCUUAUGGAUUCCUAGCUCUACUUUUUCCUAAAUGUAGUCUAGGAUGAAGUGUCCCAUGACUCUUUUUUUUUUUUUUUUUAAUUUGGUACUGGUGAUUGAACUCGGGUCCUUGCGCUUGCGAGGCAGGUGGCAGAACCACUGAGCCAAAUCCCCAGCCCCCAUAACUCUCUUCUUUACUAAUGAAUUUCACCCCUUAGAUUUUAGGACUUGUUUGCAUUAGUUGAUUUCCAAAUCUCUUUCCUGAGUCCUAGUCCUUCCACUUCUCAUGGGUGUCUUACAGAAUCUAAAGCACAACAUAAGUAAUAGCAGGUUAAGAACAUUUAAUAUGUUGACUAAGAGGAAAGAGAAUAUGGCCUAGCUUACAUUUCCAGCUUUAUUUUUUACUUUGGUUCAAUGUGACCCUUAAAUUUUACCAGAAUAGCCCCAGUCUUAUGUGCCUUGUGCUCUCAUUGUUCUGGGUUUUACUCCAUGUUUUGUUAGUGGAAAACAUUUCUGCCCUUUCCAGCUUCAGAUCUUCCUGAUCAUCCCAAUCAGGGAGGUGUGAAAUGGUGAAAAUACUGGAUUAGGAGUCUGAAGACCUAUCUCUCACUUUACUAGCUUUUAGGCUUGAUGAUUACUUGAGCUUUCUAUACCUCUGUAUUUUGAGUAAUGGAAUAGAUAAUAAUCCCAUUUCUCUCUUUCUUAGAUAGCUCACAUGAAAGCUAUGUGAACUAGUAUAAUAUAUGGGUCUGACUUUCUGAAUUCUGGCAGGACUUUUUGCCUUUCCCGUGGAAACUUACUGUCUUUUGCUUGUAAACUAGUGACAGACACUGCAAACUUCUUAAAAGUAGAGACCAUAAUACACACCCCUUUCUCUUCGUUACUUUCUACCAUUGUACAUGUUACAUUAAUAUAUUUUGUGUAAAAACUGGUGAAAGAAUAGCAACUCCACCUUUUCAUCUUAAUCUGUCUUUAUAACAAUUCUUGGCUCACUAACUGCCAACAUUUUAUACCAUAUUAGAUUUAUCAUCCAUCCUUUUCUUGAUCUCCAAUUUAGGUGAUGUCUUUCCUGUGCAAAUGAAUCCAAUAGCUCAAUCUCGGUUUGUAUCCUUGGCUGAAGUUCUUUGCUGUGCUAUAUCUGAUAUGAACACGGCUCAGAUUGUAGUAACACAAGAAACACUUCUGGAGCAUUUGAAGAAACAUUACCCAGGCAUUGCACUUCCAUCUCAAGAUAUUCUCUAUACCAUUCUGGGAAGUCUGAUUAAAGAAAGAAAGAUUUAUCACACUGGAGAAGGAUACUUCAUAGUUACAGCUCAGACUUACUUCAUCACAAAGCCAACUGCCCAGGAAAAGAAGAGAGCCCUUCUGUCAGAGGGAAGCCCACCAGGGCCCACUUCUGUGACCUAUCUGGUGAGCAUGGAAAGCUGUGCAGAGUUGGCCAAAGACAAUGCAGUCCUCGUUUCCCAUUGUCAGUCCUGCCGCUGUUUCCCUGACAUGUGCUCUCAGGAUGUGGAGGAGCCACCACCUGCUGCAGAAAUGACUAGAAAAGGCCAAAAAGGGUUUGGGGAAUCCAUACCUUUGGUUCAAAAUCGGGCAGUUUCAACAUCUGAGGAGAAUCACCUCAGUGACCACCCCAAAACUUUACCAUACCCAAAAGACAAAGAAAAAGGCAAAAAGUUUGGUUUUAGCCUCUUGUGGCGCAGUAUUUCUAGAAAGGAGAAACCCAGAACAGAGUGUAACAGUUUCUCUGCCCAGUUUCCACCUGAGGAAUGGCCUGUCCGAGAUGAAGAUAACUUAGACAAUAUCCCCCGAGACGUUGAGCAUGAGAUCAUCAAAAGAAUUAACCCUCUUCUGACUAUUGACAACUUAAUCAAACAUACUCUCCUCAUGCAAAAAUAUGAAGAACGGAAGAAACACCAUAAUCAGGGCACUUCCACUGAUAUGCUGACAGUCAGGCCUAUUAAUCCUUCCAAAGAGGGCGUUAAGAAAAGGCAGGGUAGGUCAGCCAAGUAUUGCAGGCGUGGCUUCUCUCACAGAGAAAGACCCAAAACCCAGAGUCGGGUGAAUGAGCUUCAACCAGGAAGCCUUACGCUGGAGAAGCCCCCCAAGCUCCCUGUUACCCAGCCCGUGCCUCAAGUUAAAAGUGCUAAUGAAGCAGAAACUCAGACAGGGAUUCAGGAAAAUCCAAGAGUGCUAGGCUCUCAAUUGAUUUACAAAAGGCGAAUCAGUAAUCCUUUCCAGGGCUUGUCUUUCCGAGGGAGCCCAGUAACCAAAGGGCACAACAUUCAGAAGAGAAGUCAUCUGACACCCAGUCAGAUCGCACCAAAGGAAAAGCCUUUCCAAAGACCGUCUUCAGAGCCCCCAAGACUUUUCGAUAGUGAAGCUCAACAGCCAUACCCCAAGCAAUGUCAUGACAAGCUAAAAGCAGAACCCAUUUAUAUGACCAAGUCUUCUGUCCAGCCCAUCAGUGAUUACUUCAGAGAUGGCCUCUUAAAUUACCCUCAAAAUAGUGACUUGCAAAGUGACAGCCAAUGCUAUUCCUUUAGGGAAAGCAUGUUGAGAUGUGAGGUGUACGGUACAGAAAACAAGGUGAUCCCUGAAGUCACGAAGAAAAGUCCCUCUCACUUUGACAAACUAGGGGAGGCUAAAGAAGCAUUGCAUGGUUCCUCCUCUUUAGACCCAUCCUCCGCUUGCAGAUUAGUCGAUAAAACAAUACACCAGUUUCAAAACCUUGAUCUGUUAGAUCACUCAGGUGGUGUGAAUCAUUUGAGACAACCUGAGAGAAGGCAAGACAGAAAUUCAGAAGAAUUAAUGAGAAAGACAUUUUUCCAGGAGUCAGAGACUGCAAGUCUAGAAAAUGGAGAACUUUCUGAUAAUGACCAGGCUUUGUAUCAGGAUGAGGUGGAGGAUGAUGAUGGGGCCUGCAGUUCAUUAUAUUUAGAGGAGGAUGACUUUUCUGAGAAUGAUGACUUAUGUCAGAGGCAGCCUUGCCACAUCCCAUAUUCCUUUGCAGGUGGAAGCAACUGUAAUCACUUAGGAAAACCAAAAGUGACUGAGGGAUUUCAAACUGAGCGUAAUAGCAAAAUGGACUGGUUUGUGCCUCCGGUGCUUAAAAUAAAUGAACAUUGUGAGCCCACUGUGUUGCUUAGAAACCCAGGUGAAAGCCAAAAACCUAAUCUCUCUGCUGAAAGCUGUGGGCUAAAUUCAGGGACCCAGUUUGGUUUUAACUGUGAAGAACCCAGUGUUGCUACAUGUGUACAGGCCUUGGCACCUGCUGAUCAAAGUUUAUUUGAUUACUAUAGCACCAGGAAACCCAAUUCUGAGGCGGAAGUCCCUCACCCUGUUGUUGGUGACACAGGAAAGAAACCAAGUACAUGGAAUCAAAGUCCUCAGAAUCAGGAAAUGAGAAAACACGUCACACAAAAGUUAGAACUUUUCAAUGUCUCAUGUAUGCCAGUGUUGGCACAGGAUAUUCAGCAUGAACACCAACACUUGGAAGGAACAGAAAAUCACAGCAUGGCAGGAGAUAGUGGAAUAGAUUCUCCACGGACACAAAGCCUCGCAUCUAAUAAUUCAGUCAUUUUGGAUGGACUUAAAAGAAGACGAAAUUUUCUGCAGAAUUUUGAAGACACAAAGAGCAAUCAGACACUCACAUCCAAUUCCUUACUACAACUAACUCCAGUCAUAAAUGUUUAGUUUUCUGUUGGAAAGUCUUUUUUAAAAAAUGUACAGCACAAAUCUCUUAAUCACAUGAACAUGUAAGAGUCCUCUAAAUCUACAUAUGUAUGCUGUUGCCCUCAUAUUUUGUUAUAAUUACUGGCUUUUUCCUUUUUUUAUACUUUAAAGCAAUUUUUAGUAUAUUUUACAAGGAAUUUGUUGGAAAUAUAUAGAUUGUAUUUUUUAAAAAUAAUCUUUGGUCCUUUUCCUGUUAAUUGUCAUUUAUUUACAUUCAUUCAUUAGUUCCUCCAAUACAUAGGAUACUAAUUUACUAUCCUCUAGUAAAUUUAUUUAUGCUGUUAUAUCAAGUGCAUCUUACUAGAUUUCAACAUAAAAUCCAGAAAAGUGUGUAUGUUUUAGGGUUGCAUAGAUACUUUGCAAUUAAAGUCUCUUAUCAAUAGCAGAAAGAACUUAUGUAAUGUGUUGGUUACUUUGCCACAAUAAUUCUACUAAUUGCUGGCCAGGCUCUUCUCUCUCUCUCUCUUUUUUUUU